CUCUCGGAUACCUUCGACAACCAAUGGAUUCUCUUGAAAUAGAAGGGAAACCCCAAAACCCGAACAUGAACGAAAAUAUUGAAGAAGACGACGGCGUGUCUCCCAUUGAGGAGGUCCGUCUAACUGUCCCAACACGCGACGAUCAUACCCUUCCAGUAUGGACCUUUCGGAUGUGGUUCCUUGGAAUAGCCUCAUGCAUUAUUCUAUCUUUUCUGAACACUUUCUUUUCCUACCGGACCGAACCUCUCACAAUAUCUAUGAUAUCGGUACAGGUUGUGACUCUCCCUGUUGGUCGCUUCAUGGCCAAAACCUUGCCUACUACCAAGUUCAGGGUUCCUGGAUUUGGUGGUCGCGAGUUUUCGCUUAAUCCUGGGCCUUUUAAUGUUAAAGAGCAUGUGCUCAUUUCCAUUUUUGCUAAUGUGGGGAGCUCAACUGCCUAUGCCGUUGGUAUUAUCGAUAUAAUUAUGGCUUUCUAUAAAAGGAAGAUAUCGUUUUUGGCUAGUUGGAUUCUUGUUUUAACUACUCAGAUGCUGGGGUACGGGUGGGCUGGGAUCAUGAGGAAGUAUGUGGUGGAUCCAGCAGAGAUGUGGUGGCCGCUUAGUCUUAUGCAAGUUUCUCUCUUCAGGGCUCUGCAUGAGAAAGAUAACAGCCGCAUGUCACGAGGGAAAUUCUUCUUGGUCGCUCUAAUCUGUAGCUUCUCAUGGUAUGUGUUUCCUGGAUACCUUUUCCCUGCUAUUGGAACCAUUUCGUGGGUCUGCUGGGCAUUCCCUAAGUCAGUAACAGCCCAGCAGCUUGGCUCAGGAAUGAGAGGACUUGGUAUUGGAGCUUUCGGACUUGACUGGUCUGUCAUAGCCUCGUUCAUUGGCAGCCCACUUAUCACCCCGUUCUUUGCCGUUGUCAAUGUCCUUGUGGGAUAUGCUGCAUUUAUGUACGUAAUACUACCAAUAGCAUACUGGCGUUUGAAUAUCUACAAUGCAAAGACGUUUCCAAUUUUCUCCUCACAUUUAUUUGACAAUAAAGGACACGUGUAUAACGUAUCCGCCAUAGUUGACAACAACUUUGAGCUAGAUGAGGCCGCAUUUCAGAGGCAAGGAAACAUAAAUUUGAGUGUGUUCUUUUCGCUGACGUAUGGGAUUGGUUUUGCUGCCAUUAUGUCCACCCUCACGCAUGUGCUCAUGUUUAAUGGAAAGGAAAUAUGGCAACAGUUUCGAGCUUCGUACAAGGGCAAGAUGGAUGUUCACACAAGAUUAAUGAAGAGGUAUGAGGACAUUCCUGGCUGGUGGUUCCACCUGACGCUAGUGCUGUCUUUUUUACUUUCUCUCGUACUGUGCAUUGUAAUGAAAGACCAAGUCCAAAUGCCGUGGUGGGCGCUCAUCUUUGCGUCAGGCCUUGCUUUGAUUUUUACGCUUCCAGUUAGUGUCAUAACUGCCACAACAAAUCAGACACCAGGGUUAAACAUCAUCACAGAGUACAUUAUGGGUCUAAUUUACCCUGGUAGACCAAUAGCCAACGUCUGCUUCAAAACCUAUGGGUAUAUAAGCAUGACUCAAGCUGUUUCCUUUCUCAGCGAUUUCAAGUUAGGUCACUACAUGAAGAUUCCACCAAGAUCCAUGUUUGUAGUGCAGUGCAUAGGUACUCUAAUAAAUGGAACACUGAACACUGCAGUGGCAUGGUGGUUGCUGACUGGCAUUGAGAACAUAUGCCAGGACGAGCUACUCCCUCCAAACAGUCCAUGGACAUGUCCUGGCGAUCGAGUUUUCUAUGAUGCAUCUGUCAUUUGGGGUUUGAUUGGACCUGCUCGAAUCUUUGGUCGACUUGGAAACUACACAGCACUCAAUUGGUUCUUCCUUGGAGGAGUGCUAGGACCUGUUCUGGUUUGGGGGCUACACAGACUUUUCCCCAAGCAGAAAUGGAUUAAAUUAAUUAAUCUUCCUGUACUUUUGGGAUCAACAGCUGCAAUGCCACCAGCUACAACGGUAAACUUCAAUUGCUGGAUUGUGGUUGCAAUAACUUUCAACUACUUCGUCUUUAAGUUCCACAAGGUUUGGUGGCAGAGGUACAACUAUGUUCUUUCUGCUGCCUUGGAUGCUGGUUUGGCUUUCAUGGGAGUUCUUCUGUACUUCAGUCUGACAAUGAAGGAGAUCAGCCUAAACUGGUGGGGUGCUGCUGGCGAGCACUGUCCCCUUGCUACCUGCCCAACUGCCAAAGGUGUUAUUGUUGAUGGGUGUCCUGUUUAUUAGUUCAGUUAAGUUGUUACUCCAAGCUGCUUCGUUUGAAAGGUCAAGGAAAAAAAAAGACGAAUAAAGUUUUUCAGGUUUGGAAGUGUUGACCAUGUUUAAGAAAAUCUUGGUCAUGGCUUGACAAACUUAGGAGGGUUCACCAAUUGUACUUAUGCUAAGGUGAACGCUUAUCGAGCAUGCUGACUUCUUAGAUUUAUUAGAGAUUAGCAAAUCAAUUUUUUUUUUUUGGUUCUUUGUUUCUAUCCUCCUUUCCAGGCAUUGCAUAAUCUAGCUGGACAGUUGAAGAUUUUGUAUUAAACUGCAGCCAGGCGGACAGAUGGAUACAUGGUUCCACCUUUUCCAAGUUCCUUCUGAAAUCUCAAUUAAGGCCGAGCAGCCCAACGACUAAGAAACGGGUCCGAGGUAGACUUUGCAUGGGAGAACAGUCGGCAAUCCUCUCUUUCUUGGUCUUUACAGGAUCAAUUUGGUGAGGACAGGCCCAUCCCAGAGUUCGAAUUCAACUUCAGCCAUUAACCUAAGCUUAGUUUGGGAAGAACAUUUCCAUUACCGAUUUGAAUAUGAAAGCCAGAACUGAUGUCUAUUUAUCCCGACAGCUUACAAAAAUAAAUGGACAUCUCUCAACGAAACUUCCACACAAAAUAAAUCAAUAUCAUCACUUUUUUUUAGCAUGAAAAAGCAAUAACUUGAAUGCAGAGAUGUUAAGAGUCAAAACUUGAAGGCAUAUUCGUUAGUUGGCAUCAUCUCCGUUUCCUUGAAAUAUCAAAAAUCUGUAUCCAAUCCAUGUACUACGUUAUAUCAAUGCAGACGGAUACUCUAAUGAAAUAUGAAGGUUAGUUGUAUAAUGCUAUUUUCUUACUGAAUAAAAAAGAGUUUAAAACAUCGUUCAAGAAGAAUUAGGCGUAUUCAGCAUAAUACCAGGACACCAAUUCUCUCGGAAGAAACUCUGUCAACCAGCGCUCUGUCUUUUAUCUUCUUCAAGUGAUCUUGAUGGAGGUGGAGCAAACCUUGAAAAGAACCCGGGAUAUUCAUCAUCCUCGAUAUCAUCAUUGUCCCAGCUACCAUCAUCAAAAUUUUGAGCAUAGCUCAAGGGAGAGUACAUAAAACGUCCUCCAGCUGGGACUUUUGGUUUUCUAUUGUUUCUCGUGAGAGUUGCUGUUAAAUUGCAACCUAUAGCACUUCUCUUCUGUCCUGGAGACGUUGUGGUGUUGCUGGUUAUUCUUCUUUUAGUCCAUGGAAACUUCAGGUACUUGAGUCGACCCCAACAUGACAGCGGCCCUUCUUCUUCUAUAUUUCUAGGAGACGAAGUUCUCUCCAUCAGUGCAGCUUUUCUUCCUUCGAAACGACGAUGAAAUUAAUAUUAUUCUUUUUGAACGAUUGUGGGCUCUCUUCUUUCGUGUGUCCGUGUCUUUCCCUCUCUCCACUUUUUUUUGUAGGGAUUUUGCAUGUGUGGUGGAGAAGAUUUCACAAGAUCAUGUGAACAAGUUUCCUUUUGUUUUUAAUGGAAAAGGAGGAAGCAAUAGCAUAAAGAAGGGAAGGGUUGAUGUUGGACGAUCAAGAAACGAUCUGUCAAUAUGACUUGAUUUCUAGUUACAAAUUUCUGAGAACCUGUGCAGGAAGAAGCUAUAUAUAGCAUGGGCAAAAAUUCGCAGGAGGAAUUAAAUGAAAUCUACCAGCUUAUAUAUUGUUGUAGGUUAUA